AUUCAUGACGACUGUAUUUGCAGAAAAUACACUAAAAAUUAAAAAUUUGAAGAUUAAUCAAUAUUUGCGCCGAUAUGGGCCGAUCGACGCGCCCUAAUAAUUCAUCACGUCCUCGAAGUCGUCGUCCUCGAGGUCCGGCUCAAAAGCAAAAGUCCCUGUGUCGCCAUCAUGUAUCUUGUCAUAGCGCUCCCACUUCCGUUUGAGUCUUUUGAGUGUAAUGGAGGCCGACGCCGUGUGCAAAUUAUUCAUUUGGGUGAAGAAGCGAGUGACGAAUUCACGGUCGCGAUCGUACACGCAAUUUAGGCCAACAUAGAAUACGGCCACCUGGAGCAUGAGGACACAAUAGUUUCUCAUUACUUUCUCAGAGUCCAGAAAUCGGAGGAGAUGUAGUGCCCGAUGGACCAGUUCUUGGAUUAUCGGGUGUCUUUUAGGGAUCCGACCUAGAUCAGACGUAAUGAUCAGGAACGCAGUGAUCACAAAAGACUGGUGACACACGUCAUACCAUGAAAUGUAGUCGUAAGUGCCAUCAGAAUACUCGACUUUUUCGAUUGCUUCUGGUGAAAGCGGUUCAAACCCCAGUGGUGGGGCAUGACUGUUAUCAGGAUGCAUAAAGUGAGUUCUAGGCACAAUUCCGGUUUUGCUGAUGAUCUCAAACUGGGACUCUCUGUGAAAAUCGGCUGUGAGCUCAAAAAUUGUAAACGCGGAAAGGUUGGGUGACUGUGGUGAGGAAUGGUUCUUGCUGCGCAUGAUUUUUAUCGACUUGAUAAGUUUUUGAAGCGACACUCCAAGUGUAUUGGAAUAGCCAUAAAGAUAAUUGAAACCAUCCCUGCGACAGCACAUCAUACUCUCCCAGUAGGCACGAGUAUAUGGGAGGUCGUACAUGGCAAGGUCGAGCUCUCUAUCGUUUUUGAGCACUCCACCUAGCGGAGCCGUGAGACCGGCAAUAUUCUCUAUCGACAGAUACCAGUUGCGGCAGAAUGCCACGACAUAGGAGUUUCUCUGCCGAAGACGCGGAUCCUCACUGAAUGGAGCAUAUGUGGAAAGCAGGUCCUUUGCAGCACAGAGAUGCGGUCUCCAUUGUUGUACAAGAGACAUCGCGGUGUACGACGUGAGUAGGAGGAUGGUGAGUAGCAUGGGCUCCACAUUGCUGCUGAUCUUAUCUUGCUCAGCAAGAACAGUGGACAACAGCUGUAGACAAGUUGACAAAUACGAGCAAUAAUUCUUCUCGUCUUGUUGGUCUUGAGUUCUGCGGAAACUCUGCAGAGCACCGCAUGAUAAGAUGGCAGCCAUAAGAUAAUUGUUUUUGUUUGCGUAUGUUAAAAGAAUCUCCCUUGCUGGGUUGUAAUGGGGCAAGGGCUGAAAAGGCAUAAUCACUCGGACGUAGUCGUGGUCGAAAAGCUCGAGGUAUUUUCUGUGUUCUCCGGGGAACUGCAGAGAAUCUAUGGAAAUACGUUUGGUAAGGAAAUCAGGAAUUCCCCAGCCGUUGACGGAGUCCAAAGAUGUAGUCAAGUCUGGACAUUGGUAUUCUGUGCGCUUGAACAUACGGAACAUGCUCUCCAUUUCACUGUCGUCGUUGGGAACGCCGAUCUCGUCUAUCUUGCUUUCCAGCAAAUCGUUGAGACUGUGUGCCAGGUUGUUCGCUGAUGCUCCCAAAGAGUGCAGGGGGAAGUUGCUCUGUGGAGACUGCGACUGUUCGUUCAUUCCCGAGGAUUCAGAGGGAUACGGUAUGGCGGUCGCGGAUGGCGAAGCGUGAGUGUUUUCGUGAACUCCUAGUAUUGGUGGCCCCAUUCGAUUCACGGAGAAUAAACGAAGAUCGUUUGGUUGAACGGGGACAGGCGCACGACAUGGCGUGGGAUAGUAUCCCACGGGAGAAACAUUGGUUAAAGGUAUGUCCUUAAGCUUCGAUGACCUGGGAGGCUGAUAAACACAUAUUUUGUCGAGCCGUUUGCAGUGCCAACAAAUAGGCUUGGCCUCGUCGCACUGGAAUUAGUCUAGAUACAAGCCGCAUACUUACCUUGAUUUUGCGUCGUUUGCAUUCCACACAGCCCUCUUUUGAGUACUUGCGUUUCUUGGUCUUAACGGACAAAUUAUCCAUCAACAACUAAGUGUCUUUGCUUGUUUCCUCGAUCUUCAGAUAGUUAAGUCGUUAACGGCGUAGUUUUUCGAAAUUAAUAAUUCACCGGACACUGUCUAUAGCCCACAUUGCAGGAACACCACGAUCCCUGAUUGACAGUUUAAAGUUUGACAGCGGACAAAUUAUUCUCAGCUUGAGGUAUGAUUAAUCGUCGCGGACGAUCGUCGCUGAAAAUAAAAAUAAUUCUAUAGCCUAAUCAUUAGUCUCCAUGUUUCCUUUGGUGAACCCUCCGAACAGGGUUCUUCAAGUGGAUGCCAAGCUAUUAGAUAAUGAGAUUUUUGAUAUUCUCGCGAAGCAGCUGAACGAGGCCAUCUCCAACCCGAAGCUGCCGCGAUUUUUCCAGCUUCUCAACUCCAGAUACUCUGAUGAGCUGCGACUAGCUUUGGAACUGUGUGUUUUCAAGGUGACAAUAUGGAACAAAAGUAGCAGCUAUGGUCUGCUGCUUCAGAAUCUGGUGAUGUCGGACGGUGGCGAUCGACGCAGAAAUACCAAGUCGGAGCUUUCCAGACUUAAGAAGACCGCCCUCUUGUCGUAUCUGAUCCUGUCUUAUCUGUACAAAAAGCUGGAGUCACAUCUGUACAGCCUAGAUGCUGACGAUGAGGAAGACCGCACCAAAUGGCAUCAAUAUGUGCACAUGAUUAUGGCCAGGUUACAGAGGGUUCUGCCUACGCUCCAGAAAUGGUAUGCCGGCCUUUCGCUUGCCAACUUUCUUGCCUUCCUGAUCCAUGGACAAUACCCAAAUCUUGUCAAUAGAGUUCUCCGCAUUAGGUACAAGCCACUCGUAUCCACACAAGUCUCGUUUGCGUCGAACCCGGAGACCAUCUCGUACGAGUUCCAAGACAGACAGCUGGUCUGGAACACACUGACGGAAUUCCUCGUGUUUAUAAUGCCGAUUCUCUCAAUGUCCAAGUUGUCCAAGUCAGUUGUGCGGCUGCUGCAGACGGAUCAGAAACAGGAUGAAAAGGAAACCAUCUACCGGUUUCUUCCCGAACGGUGCUGCGCAAUCUGCUAUCAAAACACCACGCGAGCUGGUGUGGCCGACGCGUCGAUCGACGAACACCUCAUCACAAACCCAUUCGAGACUAGUUGCGGCCACGUCUACUGCUAUGUGUGUCUGAUGGCAAAGCUUGAGGACGGAGAUCCGUGGCUGUGUUUGCGGUGCGGAGAGCGCGUCGAGUUUGUGCGGGUGUUCGACGGCGAGCCUGCUGACUACGAGCCAGACUCCAGCGACCAGGAGUCGGUUUCGGAGUACUCGGGCGACUCUGACAGCGAGUCAGAUUCGUCUACUGCAGAUAAGGUCUAUAAUUAAACAAAAUAUGCUGGCACGAAGUCAUGCGCAACAUCUUGAAUCCGCGAUCUGGACUCUUGUAGGUUCAUAAAUACGGAGUCUAGAGCGAGCAAGAAGUUCACUGUGGCUAUUCAUUCGUUCGAAACAUUAAUGGUCCUCUUUGAAAUGUGGCUUGAAGGUUGGGGUUGGCACCGUUGUGAACUUAAUUCCAUGUGGCAGCGUAGUGUCUUCGUGACUAGGCGACUCUGUAGGCUUUGGAGGUAGCGCCGUCGGGGUCUGCUUGGCAGCGGUGGCCACUCCAGUGAUAAGGUGAGUGGAGAUCUUUUCGUGACUCCCAGACUUCUCCUCCGUGUAGAGGAAGAAGUAUCCAAUAUAACCUGGCUUCGAGUUUACGAUUGUAGCGUCGAUUUCCACAUGGAUGGCGUCAUCAGGACUUUUGCAUUUCUCGCCGAUUAUCACCUCCAAUCUUGUAGGACCUGAC